UUUUACUACAAUCAGAAAGUGAUUCAGAUCGGAGAUCACCGUUCAGUGAGAGCUAAUUUCGACGGUACAGAUUUUGAAUAAUGUCCUACAGCAUCCAUCAAUUAGUGUGAUUUUUCAUUGCAAUUGAUGCGCGUUAGUGUGUGCUAAUAUUCCAUAGAGUGUUAACGUACAUCGUUUACUAUGCAGCGACGAUUUGAAAAUUGCAUUUGAGUUCACAAAGUGGCAGUUGUUCGGCGAAUUUGUGUUAACUGAAAGUGCUUUAAGAAACGAAGUCGACGUGAUUUUGUGUAUCUUUGACUUUCUCAUUUGGAAUAGAUUACGUCUGAAAGGAGAACUGGUGCACCAAUGCAAUCACGUUUUUUAAGUAACAUGGUUUCAGCGUAAAGGGUCCUCGCCAAAUACAGUCAGAAUAUCCUCGUGUUCGAAAAUAUUUUUCCUGUAAUCAUGACAACUAAAAUUUCCCAAGUGCCCGUAAACAAUUUACCUAGCGGAACAAUACCUCUAGAAAAUCAGGUAGCUGGCCAUACAUUUCAAGAAGGCACUGAUGCGUUAGGAAUGCUGAAGGACGAAAGUGAUGAUAUUGUUCUGAAACCGCUCACCAAACCCAUUUGCGGAGAACGAGAAAAAAGUUUUUAUGAAUUGCUUCAAACUACGAAGAAUCCUUGCUUGUUGGCUUUGAAAAGGCUUGUGCCCGAAUACAGAGGAGUUGUAACGGCAGAUGUUAAUGGAAAAGAAGUGGAGUUUCUUAAAUUAGUCGAUUUAACGCACGGUAUGCGAAAGCCUUGUAUUAUGGAUAUUAAAGUGGGCAAACGUACAUGGGACCCACUUGCAACAAAAGAAAAGAUUCUUGUCGAAGAAGAAAAAUACGCCGCAUGCAAAAAAACAAUUGGUUUAUGCAUACCUGGCUUUCAAGUUUAUGAUAUCGAAACUGGCAAAUUGCAUCGCUUCAGCAAGGACUAUGGCAAAAAAUUAAAUGAGACCACAUUCAGAGAUACCCUCCGACUAUUUCUUAAUGCCAAGUCUGGAUUAUGUCGAAAAUUAGUAAUACAAAUUCUGCUUGAACUGAAAUCGAUACAGAAAUGGAUUAGGAUGCAAGCGUACUAUAAACUAUACUCAAGCUCAAUACUUUUGGUUUAUGAUGCGGAGAAGCUGGAAACGAUUUUGCAUGAUAACAAGCUGAACUGCAACAUUGGAAAUGGUUCUAUCCUUUCACAUGCUGACAUUCCGUCCGAUUUGAAUACUUCGACGAUGCCACAAGACCUGCCUUAUGAAAAUACAAAGUCAUGGUGCGACGAGAAUACGAAAGAUUAUGAGCAAACAUUAUUGCAUCCAAAGAGUGACAGCUGCGCGAAUAAACUCAUCGUUAACGGUCGCACAGAUGAUCGGUCGUGGACGCAUGUCAAAAUGAUUGAUUUUGCUCAUGCAUUUUCCUCUGAUGACGAUUCGCUCGAUACAAACUACAUGUUUGGCAUUGAUAGUCUCGUUCGAAUUUUCGAAGGGUUCCUGAAAGAAUGUGGCUAAUGGUCCAGGAGUUUAAGACCUCCAUACAGUCCUAGGUCAAUAUUUUCAUCCAUUUUUAUCAUAUCCAUAUCUUACCAUCGUCUCAUUUAUGUAUGGUGUGAAGGCUACCUUCUUUACUGUAACGUAACUAGGUGUUAAGACCCUGCGAGUUUCGCCAUGGUUGCAUGUAUUGAGUUAGAACAAACCAAUGCAAUCUAUUUCUGUACUUAGUUGUCCACUUUCUUUUUCCGACUUGAUCAAGAAUCUUCAGGUAAUCUUGUGUCCGAUGGUUGGUUUGAAAUUGAAAACAUGAAAUGAUGUGAUUGAAAAGGACUCCAAUUUAUCAUUGAAAAUGAACGUUCAAGAAAUAACUUUUACAGUGUUUUUGAUACUCCUCGUCUUACCGUUAAAGGGACACAUAUUCAUCAUAAACUUUUGUUCAAUUAUUAUAUACCAGAUGUAAGUGAAGAGCAAUAAACCAAAAGUAUUCCUUAGAACAAAAAGAAUGAUAUACAAAACAAAGAAAUUUUUGAAACCGGUUAGUCGUUUUUUAUGUAUUAUUUAUACUCGUAUGUUGAUUUAUCUCGGUAGGUUCAUAGACUAUUAUUAAACUUGUAAGUUUUUGUAUUGGAUCACAAUUGUGUGAGAUAGAAUUGUGAAAGUUAAUAAAUAUAUAUUGUAUGCAU